AUGUUACAUAUAUAUCCUGUUCUCCUCUCGAUUGUACUUGUGCAAUCGAAUGUGAUAUUGUCAUGUUCUCGAAAAUACAAAUACAAAAUCAUCCAAUUAUUACAGUCAUUUGUUAAUAUUAUCAUUUUCCACUCCAUCAUCGGAAAACAUUCGACUCAUCUCAAUGGAAAAUUCCGACAAAGUCCAGCUUAUUUUACGCGUUUUUAUCUUUGA